CUUGGCUCUUGCCACCGCGAAACCCUUUUUAUCGUCCUCGCCGUCGUCGCACACGAUGAGCUCGACCUCUUUAGACGUCAGCAUUCUCCCCGACGAUGGCCUAGAGCGCAACAGGCGCCAAUUGGAACACAACCUACAACAAACCGACCUCUCCUUCCACCUCUCCUCCGACUCCGAAGUCGAAUAUCCUCGCCAUUCUUCCAACCACCUUGACCAGUUCAACUCCUUCGAAAACCGCUCGCACUUCGAUGCGGAACCUAUGCAUGGGUGGUCAUACAGGACGAACGACGACGAAGGCAUUGAUCCGUAUGGCCACGGCACAUUAUCUACGGCAGCGCAUCACGCCAGCGUCCUGACGCUGAGCGCCGGGCUAGGAGGGAGAAGGCAGAACGGUCGACGAGAGGUCAGCAUUAGCGGUGCGGAAUACGACCCCGACCGGCCACUACACGAGAUGAUCGGCGGUGUCGACGCAAAACUCAGUGCCUACGACCUUGACCCCUCCCGCUCAAAGUACCACCCUCAUGGCAUGUCCGCCGACCCCGUCGACACUACCGCGGAUUUGGACCGCUUGCUACAGUCCGGACAUCAGCAGCAGCAGCAAAACAACCAGGGUCAGCGUUCCGUGCGUCUCCGCUCGCCUUCUGUCAGCUCGUCCUCGACAUCGGAAUCGGACACGAGCAUGACUGCGCGCCCGAAGCUCGCCGACGCGCUACGGCGCGUGUCCUUUUCCCCAAGGCGGCCGCGCAGCCCCCAGGUGUUGCAGCGCAACCUCAGCGUCGACGCGAAUCAGACGCCACGACCCGCGGCACGAAGACAGCAGCCGGCGAUGAAGGCUCAGCCACCGACGCCGUCUUCCGCGUUCACGAAGGCGGCGCGCGGGCUGGCUCGGGAGCUCCAGCAGGACCCCGAUCGGUCACGCGUUGACCGCAAUCGCGUCGGUCGAGCAGCGGAGGAGCGCAUCCAACGUGCAAAGGAGGACUCGAGCAUCCGUCGACCCGCCUCCGCCCCCGUUGAACAGCGACGCUAUGCCACGCCGCUCAAGGGCCGCAUCCAUCUUCCCGACAUCACUGGUUUAACGAGCGCCGUUGAGUCGCCUGGCAAGGGGUUGCUAUCGCAUCUGGAGUACUUCGAUGAUAAGCGCCCGAGGGAGAUCGAGGUCCGACUGCUGAACACCAUCUCUACCGUACAAACAAAGUUGCAGCAUCUGGAGGAGGAGAACAUGAUCUCGCGGCGCAGGGUGCGCGAACUCGAAUUGGAGCUGGAGGAGUGCAAGAGGGAGGUGCGGCAGGAGCGCACGCGUAUGCUAGAGUGGGAGUCGAAGAUGGAGCGUGAUCGGCUGCAACAACGGGAGGAGAUGCUUCAGCGGGAGGAAGAAUGGCAGCGCAGGCGGAAGGGAAAGCAGCGGGAGAUGGACGAGGAAGAUAUGACGCAGCGAUACAAAGAGGUCGUGGAGGAGAAGAAGGCCCUGGAGUCGCUCAUCACCAGCCUUCGCACUCAUCUCACGCGAUUGACGGACGAGCUCGAGCAGCACAAGGAGAUGCUCGCGCAGAUCCGCAUCGACAAUCAGACGAAGGAGAACAAAUGGGAGGAACGCUGGCAAGAGGUCGACAAGCUCCGCGAGGAGGUUGAGCGCCUUGGCGGCGAGGUUGAGGUCCUGCGUGGCGUCGUCGAGGAGGGGCUCAAGGACCGCAGCCGUCACUCCAACGGCAGCAGCCGCGACGAGAGCGUUCAAGUUUCGUUCACUCAAGAUGCGCAAGACUUGUCUCGUUCUCAACGUCGGCCGUCGGCCCGCCCUGAGCGCCAGCGCCAGCGUCAACCUAGCGGCAACGCGUCUCAGCAGUCUCGCGGGGACGACCUCAGCAUGCUGCCGCAGCAGUCGAUCGAGGUCAGCAACCCUGACAUGGGCAUGUCCGUCGACGAGGACGAUGAGGAAGAGGAGGAGGACGAAACUGCUCCUUCUCAGCGCCCGACUGUCGAAGACAGCGACGAAGAGGAGGACCAGCUUCCCUUCGACCCCGUCUCCAUUCCCGGGUCUUCUCGCGCGCAAAUCGGCACAAACGCGGACAGGACCAUCCGCACCGACCGUGCCACGAAAUCGGCGGAGAGCUCAGAUCGCAGCAUGCGGGCCAACCAGUCUGGCGUCGGCGAGACGAGCCGGCCGUUCCUCGACAGCGACGAGAUUCGGCAGAUCGAGCAGGAGAUGGAGGAGCGCCGGUCGUCGCGCUCGCAGACGUCGGUCGGGCAGCUCUCGCGGCUCUCCGAGGUCACAGAGGAGAGCUCGGGCGUCGCGCCGGGCAACAUUUCCGUCGUGCCUGUUGAGGAGUCUCGGCCAGCAGCGCCGACGCCUGGCAGGGCCAACCGCCCGAUGCCCGCGCCGAUCCUGAAGCCAGAGCGUUCGCGGGCGGCAUUGAGCUGCUCGGAUGUGGACGACGAGGAGCUGCGGGAGGCGCCGUUUCCGCAGAUUCGGGGGGCGCGGCUCGAGCGGUUGUUCUUCUCCGCCCCGGACCACAACCAGCAUACCUGUACGGUGUGCGAUAGGCGGCGGCGCUCGAAGGGGCCCAAGCAUGGUGCAGACCACAAGCACGAGCACGACGACGGCCACCGGCACGGCGAUGACGACCGCAGGCGAGCGACGGUCGACGCCGAGGACAGCCGUCGCGCCAACGCGGACUCGGACGACGAAGGUUUCGCGGAGGCCUCCGAGGAGGAGGCCGCGUCGCCUGCCAUGGGCGACGAUCGCAUGCGCCAGGCGUUUGACUGGGCGAAGGAGGGGAAGAAUAAAGGUCUGCCGCCGCAGACGGUGCUCGCGCGCGUCAUCCGCGAGCUCGAGGAUGACUUUACGCACUAUAAGGGGGUGUACGUCGAGUUCGCGGACCAGUACAAGGAUAUGGACGCGGCGUCGGAUGUGCGGAAGCGCAACAUCCUGGCGCAGCACCUUCGUGAAGUCGUCGAUGUUCUUGAGCAGAAGGGUGAUCAAAUUGCUUCGCUGUACGACUUGCUCAACUACAAGGACAAGCCGGUGGCGGACAGCGUCGUGCCGCCGAAGGAGAGCAGGCGUUUGGCACCGGCGUCGUCGGGGUCUCUCGGUCGGAGCGGGGCGUCGGCUCUACGCAGGACAAUGGCAUGAACGUCUGCUCGGCCAGUGAGUGAUGUCGAAGCCCUCGUUGAACGUGAACGCUCGAAUCUCAGCUCGUGAAGUUAAUCUUCUCUGUUGCAUGGACAAUAAGUAUAUUCCUCCCUAUCUUACGCAUUUCUUGGUCUUAUGAUCCUCAGGCGCAUCAUUCACAUGUACCAUACCACUACCUACCUACCGACCCUCCCCAUGCCGUCGUAUGCAGUAUGUUGGCGUUGAAUACUAUCACUUGAAUUGAUUGAAUUGAUUGAAUUGAUGGGUUGCAGCUCAGAACCCAAGUCAGCAUGCAGUUAGGCAUUCCUGCGCGUAACUUAGAUUGUCAUGACUCAGCUGCAAACUGAGACGUAAUAAAACGUGGGAUA